UGCAUUGGUACUCAAAGCUAUCAGAGAGUUUCUGGGAUUGAUUUUAGCGGUAGAAGUUUCUGGCGGAGACCCAGAGACUCCUUCCGUGAAUAGCGUCGAUGAAGGAGGAACAGGAUGGUGUGUCUCAUCAUCAUCAUCAUCCUCCUCAUCCUCACAGUCGUGUGUAUUUGAGCGGGGUUGGAGUGUGUUAGCAGGAUGGAGGUAAUGGGAGGCAGAGCUUGAGAUCCGCAGACCGACUGAAGGAAUGCGCACCGGACUUCCACACGUUCUGAGGUUCACAGAAUAAAACAAACCCAUCUUCAGCAGUCGCCAUCAUGGUUUCCUCACUGUUCGCCAUCAACAAAUCGUCGGCGCUGAGCAACACGACUCCGCUUUGUUUCUCCAUCAACAGCCAGCUUUUCAGACACAACCACACCAUCACCCCGGCAUACUUCUCGGCAGUCUUCAGCGCCCUCGGCUUGAGCUCCAACCUCUUCGCUUUGGUGGUUCUGGCCAAGACCUUCCACCACACCAAGAGCCGCUCACGCUCCUCCUUCCUACUCUUCCUCGGAGGGUUGGUGUUAACCGACUUCAUGGGACUGUUGGUCACCGGGUCCAUCGUGGUGUCCUUCCACAUUACGCACUUCAACUGGCGCCAGCUAGACCCUCAUUGCCAUUUCUGCAAUUUCAUGGGAAUGUCGAUGGUUUUCUACGGCCUUUGCCCACUGCUUCUCGGAGCCACGAUGGCCGUGGAGCGAUUUGUAGGCAUCAACCGACCCUUCGCCCGCUCCACCACCAUGUCCAACAGCAGAGCGUGUUUGAAGGUGGCCAUGGUUUGGGUCACGGCCGGCUGCAUCAGUCUCCUGCCGUUGGCCGGAUUGGGAAGCUACCGUCUCCAGUUUCCCGGUUCCUGGUGCUUCCUCAACAUCAGCUCCAGACCGCUGGAUAUGACCUUCGGUUUGAUCUUCUCACUCGUGGGUUUGCUGUCGCUGGCCCUGUCGUUCCUGCUCAACACGGUGAGCGUCAUCACCCUACUGAGGGUGUGUUGCGGAAAGGACAGCGCUCAACGGAGGCGAGACUAUGAAGUGGAGAUGAUGGUGCAGCUGAUUCUGAUCAUGACCAUCGCCUCUGUCUGCUGGUGCCCUCUACUGGUGUUUAUUGCACAGACCGUGCUGUCGGGCAGCGAGCUCGACGUUCAACACCUGCUUCUCUGGCUUCGGUUUGCGACGGGGAACCAGAUCCUGGAUCCCUGGGUCUACAUCCUAUUCCGACGUGCCGUACUGAAGCGCAUAGCUCCAAAGAUGGACUGGUCCCGCGGCUCCAUCGUCAGCCUCUAUCCGACCAUUUCGACGUCCUUCCGCAAGUUCACACGCGCCUCUCUCGGAGGAACGCUUGACCGCUUGGAUCACGUCCGGCCGAAUCCAGACAAAGCCAGACAAGAGGAUAUGCCUCCACAUGUGUUGGAUGCCACUGCGCCACUUAAUUCCAUUUAGCAGCCAAGUCUAGCAUUUACUUUCUACUUCAUUAAUGAUUCAAUGUCUAAUAUGGCGCCCAAUGUAGGGUGUGACCCUCCUUUUGAAGACUUUUGUUGUUGCAUUGCUUUUCAGAGAGAUGCUGACGGCCGGCCUGGCCAAGAAAGUAUAGUCGGACACGUUCAAGAAGCGUAUAUUUGAGCUCCCAAGACGUGGCAAACUCACAUGAACUUGGAGAGGGAAGCUGUUGAGGAAAAUGUACUGUAGAAACUUGAAUAGCAAAGUGGACGUGGCUCGGUUUUUCCAGUUGGCCGGUGAUUGGAUAAGGAAAAAUGAUGGGCGGUUGGAGUAGAGGGGUUGGGAAAAAAGUGUGUUUGGUGAUGUUGUUUUGGGGGUGGAGCCUUUGCACAAUAGUACUCGCCCACUUUGUCUUCAGUUCCUGGAGUUUUUCACAUAUAGUUACCAUUCAAGUCUUCGUUAAAGAGUUUAACCAAUCCAUGAAGCAAACCAAUCAGCUACGAGGUGGAUCACAACAUUGCAAUCUCUGAUUUAAAGAAAAAAGUAUUUAAAAAUAGGACAAAAAGGCUAUAAUGUGUACUAAAAAAAAAAGUUGCAGUAGAAACUUAAAGUGGCUUGAGAAGGCUUGAGUGGGAAAGUGGGUGGGGCUUGAAUUUUACCAGUUGGCCAGUGAUUGGAUGAUGAAAAGUGACAUUUGGUCGGAGGGGGAGGUGUUGAAAAAUAAGUGUGUUUGAUGAUGUCAUUUUGGGGGCGGAGCCUUUGCACAAUACUUUCUGCCCAUGUUUUCAGGAGUUCCUCAAGUUUUUUCCCGUUCAUUUCCCAUUCAAGUCUUCGUUAAAGAGAUACCCCCAACCACAAUAGCUCCCGCCCACUUUCAGCAGUUCCUGUAGUGCUUUUCCCAGAGGGAUUUUUAAAAGAGUUAAAAGCAAUUAACCAAACCAACCAACUAGGAGGUCAAUCACAAAAUUAACUCUUAUUUAAAGCAAAAAUGUAUUUAAAACUCUGAUAAAAAGACAAGACUGUAUACUCAAUGGAUAAAAUGAAAACAUACAGUAGAAAAGUGCAGACUGGGCUCGAUUUGGGACGACUCGGCAGUUUUGGCUUGCUUCCCAGACAAACACCCUCCUUUUCCUUUCUGAUAAGACCACACACUUGGAUAAAAUGGGAGACAGCUUUCACCACAAAAGCAAUUCUAGUCUAUUUCUGGUGUUGUCAUAGUACAUUUUUGACUUUUGAGGAAUUAAACAAGUAUUAUUACCAGCACAAUUUUGGAUAUUCUUGUGUAAGGAGACACAGGGUUAGCAUCAAAUGCUGUCAGGGUGAAUAAUCUGUUUUGAUCUCCAUUUUGAUAUCACAUGUAAACCUGAGCAUUGAUGCAUAAAAAUUAUUCAACCCUCUUGUGUUUGGAUUGCUUCAGCCAAUUGUGCUUUUUUUUGGCAAGCAACAUCGCUAAGACCUAGCGCGCACUGCGAACAGAAUCUUAUCAGCUAGUGUACACUUAAGACAGAUUCUUGUGUGCAUACAACAUGGAUUUAUGGUCAUUUUUAAUUAUUGAGCUGUUUGGCCAACAUGCCAUGCCAUUUUCCCAGGACACAUCCUGGUCAGGAUUUCUACAUUGCCUAAAAUAUCCAGGUUUUGGCUUUGGUUUCUUGUUUUCAUACUUAAUGAAGGUAAUGAUCGUUUGACCAAUAACAUGCAGACAUUGUACGUAAUCAACCAAUUGUGGUGCGUGAGACGGUGGGCUCUACAGAGGACGGUCAAAGCGAUGCAAAUACGUGUACACAUAGUGUUCGACGCAACACUGAGCAUACCGAUCGGUGUAUGACAUUAAAGUACCGUGAGAGUGAUUCAAAAGCACAAGAAGCCGUCUGCUCUCUAG